AGAACCUUAAGAAAACUUCGACAGAAUUUAUAUUAAUAAUGCAGAUGCUUAUAUGUUAUUUUAGUGCCUUUUUUUGAAUAAUCGAAAAUCCUUUAUUUUUCUAGAAUACUAAUUAAAGUCCCAUCCUUUAAUUUCUUGAAAAUCCAAUAGACCAAAUGAGAUCCUGAUUUCUAAAUAUAAGAUUCUGAAAUACCCUUAGAUGAAUGAGCCUUGUUAACUCUGUUUUAAGAUUACUAUAAUUAAUUUGAUGAUGCCUUUUGGAAUAAUGAAUUCCCUUAUGUCCCUCCUUGAAAUAAAUAAUAAUUUGAGUUUGAAAGUGCGAUUCAAUUAAAGUGAAGCCAAUCAAGUGUUGUGCCACCUAAAAUGAAUU